UCAGGCUUUGACGUCGGCUGAGGCGCGUACGUGGAAAAGAUAUGUAGAUGCGAAUAUCAAUUCGGUGACAACUUUAUUUUAGCUCCAUUCAAGGCCUUCUAUUUGAUAUCAGGGGACCAUGGCGUCGCCCAGAAAAAUAAUCGCCGUUUGCUUCGUGACCAUCGUCUUCUUUUCGGCCAUCAUCCAGGUCGCGCAUGCUGCCCUCUGUCCUGCACCUACGGAUCUUGAACCACUCAAAAUAAUGCACGACUCCAUCACGUUCGGAUGGUAUCCGACAGAGGCCAACCCCUUGCACUGCGCCUGCGUGUUUCCCGGUGUCUACGCGGAAACCUGCUCGGCAAACUCCACGCCCGCGGCUUGCCAGGCGGGCGUGACCGGUCGCACCAGCGCCGGGCGGAACCUGAUGCCCGAUUACCCUCACACCGUCUGCGUGCAGACGCAGUGCUCGCCGACCGAGUUCUCGCCCCCCGUCUGCAGGAGCGUCUACACCUUACCGUCAGUGCCGUACGAAAGCAUCACCGCCAGGCGCCGCUCUUCGUCGCUGGACAUCAAGUGGCGGGUGCCAGCGCGGAUGCAGGGGUGGCUGGCCGGCUACAGGAGCCGCUGGUGCCGUCCGUCUUGCAACGUCAGCGAACAGAUCAUGCACGGCCUGCACGAGGGCUCUCUGAAUCUCACCGAAGUCGAGACCGACGCCCAGUACACACUGUACCUGAGCGGGUUCACCGUACAGCGUUCGAGCGACCAGAAGCAAUACAGCAACGAAGUCUCGCUCGUUGUCUAUAGCGUGGAAACAGACGGACCCAUUAAUAUUUCCUUUCUGAUCGAGAGGAUCAAAAGUUCCACGCUCCUGGUUACCUGGCCCGAACCGGACCCGAACUCCAGGCGGUUUGACAACUAUAUCGUUAGUUGGUGGAAGGCGAACCAAACCGGUGCUGAUGGAGUUCCAACGCGCAACCAGACCCUGCCGGCUACUUCAACGAGCUUCGUCAUCAACAACCUCGAACCCGGUGCCACCUACUACUUUAACCUGUCCACUGUUCGAGAAGCGGACACCACAGACGCGUCCCAGCAGAAGGAAAGCGUGCGGCCCCAACUCCUCGAGAAACCGGAGGACGUUCGCGUCGAAUCCCGAAGGUCCGUGACAGGUCCUCUCGCCUCCAUAACGUGGAACGCUUCGCUCCACUGCGGGCACGACUCGCCGGUUCAGAGAUACACGGUAAAGCUGUGCCCAAUGUGCACGGUCGAAAAGGGGGCGCAGCCAACGAAAUGCCGCCGCGCGUCAGUAAAGGCGUGCGCCGGCAAGGCCGUCGUCGCUAGACUCGAGUACCUCUGCUGGUAUCGGGUCGAAGUGAGGGCACUUGCCCUCAGCGAUGGCGGAAGCGUAAGCGAAGAAGGGGAACCCACGAUCGCCCACUUCAAAACCCCAGCGAGCAACCCGUACCGGAAACCGGAAGGAGUCCGAGCCGAGAUCCAGGGGUCUUCGAACGCCACCGCCUUGGUGUCCGUAACCUGGGACGUUAGGAGCUUCGCCAGAGAAAGGUCGUCCGCAACUCGAUAUUCCGUGAAAGUAUGCCCCUCGUGCAACGAAGACUCCGGCACGAACCAGAAAGAGUGCCGCAGCGUAGCGGUUCCGGCCAGAGCUGGCAAGGCGGUCUUAGCCGGACUGAAGUACGUCUGCGGGUACGCAGUGGAAGUCCGGGCUCUCGUCGACGAAGUUCACGGUACAACAGACGAAUCACAACCGGCGGUUCUCUAUCUUACGGCUCGGUGCCUAAGGUACCUUCGCUGAGCGAUUCGCUGCACGCGGAGUUGAGUGGUAGCCGCGUGAUAGUCAGCUGGCUGAACCCAGCGGAACUCGGGGAUUACGCGGUGCUGUACCACGUGACGCUUUCCCGUCCGACGCCAAGGUCCGCGGUGCGGGCGAUCGUCAACGGUACGAAGAAGACUUUCGAUGGUCUCGAACCGCAAGAGAACUACACAGUGGCCAUCGCCGCUUGCCUACGCUGGGGUCAGCGACAGCAGUGCGUCGGAAACGCUACGCUGGAGUUCGAGACUCUGCCCAGAGGUCAGUCUGUUUAGAGG